UAUAUAAACACACCCGAUAAUAUGGUGCAUGACCCGCUACAGGUCAAUAGGAACACUAUACUGUCAGUUCAAAAUUUGAUAAGAAGAUAACAAAGGCUUUUAUUUUACUAGAAGACACCCUACGAGCACUGUUUCAUGCUUCGCUGGAUGUUGUUAGAUAGCACUGUAUGUAAAGCGUAUGUAUAUUUAAAAAAAAAAAAAAGGUGCGAUCUGUCACUCGCGCUUCAUUGGAAUAUUUAAAUUACCAAGCUAUUCGUCAUGUUUAAACCUACAGCUGAUCAUAAUGUAUGGCGUGAAGAGUUGGAGUAUGAACGUUGCAUAAUGGAGACGAAUUUAACAGACGAUUUGAAGGUCCGCUUGGGAGGAGAAAACUCUGUCACCCUCACUGACGGGGCCGGAAUCCAACAGGUCAAUGUCAGGAUCCCUAAGUCUGACAUUGAGGAACUUUUACCGGGAUGUUAUCAGAAGAAGAAUACUGAAAACAUCUCAACCAAAUUUAAUUUGCAUAGACACUACUCACUUCCAUUUCAAGACAGCUUUGCAGAGAAUCCGGAAGACAAUGAUAUAAUUCUACCAAAUAUUUUUGAGCAAAAUGCAGCAGAGGACUUUAGUAAAAGACCCGCAAUAUCUCUAUCAAGGAGUGAAAUUGUCAUUGACUCGAAUUCACCCACUCAAAUUGACAUCACGUGGUCCACUGAAAAUGUGACACUUGGCGCCAAAUUCCUGUACGAUCUGGAAAUUAUGAUGGACACCGAAUGGGAGCCUCUUGUCGAGAAAAGAGUUACUGUGAUACGAUUAUAUAAAACAGACCACUCGGUUUCACUUGGUAAAGUUAAAUGGGAUUUGAACAAAGGGGACACCGUGUGGCAUGUAAGAAUAAGACCACGUGACAACCAAACCACGUAUGAUUGGAGUGAUUCUUUGAAAAUACAUAUAUGUGUAUCCAAAUCGGAAGGUCAUUUUAACCCCGAUGACAAAGCUGGUUCCAUAUUAUAUUAGUUUCAUUCUAAUCGGUAACAGUCUUGAGAUUUAAUCUUCCCUGAAAGCUAUGGACGAUCAUACUUACAGGAUGAUCGUAAUGGAAAAUGAAUCUCAAAAUCCUUGGCAUCUUAUUAUGGUCCCAUACUGAAAAAUGAUAUUAUUUGCUCAAAGUAGAAGCGAUUUCCAUUGCAUGAUAUUAAUCUUAUUGUACUUCAAAAGAAAUAAAUGUUUUAAAAGAAA